CGAGCGAGCCGCCGCCGAGCCCGUUCAGACGAAAGACAAACGCCGACCGGAGAGGACCAUCGGGAGUUUUUCGACGGAGACGCCGAGCGGCUUGACCGACGGGACCGAAGAACAAGCGAAGCCGUGGCUCGGCGGGGGCUUUGCCGCAUGAGCGACGCGCCCAACUGAUCCAAGGAAGGCUCGCGGCGCAGGGCUGACCUUGGAAUACGCCCCAGAACUUUUUCUGAAAGCCCAGCCACAAAUUCCUAUUUAAAGCCAAGGUAACUUGUUGUCAUCGGGCGCCACUUCCUUUGACUACGCGAGGGAAUGGACGGGGAAGGGUUCUCCCAAACGAUGAAACGAUGAGGCGCGGGCCCUUCUAAUUGAGCGGCGGCUGGAAAAGGCAAGCGCCAAAGCGGCCCCCCCGCACGCGAUGGACGCCCACGGCGGCCACUACCUCAACAAAGAAGCCGUGCUGUCGCCUUUAGGCGCGGCCCGAAUGUGCCAGCUGCUCUUGGGCUCCAGCAUCGUGGCCCUGGUGUCGCACGGCGCGGGCUACGGCGCCACCUACGGCCACUUCUGCAUGUUCGCGUGGUGCUUCUGCUUUGCCGUCACGCUGGUGGUGUUCAGCCUGGACAUCACGCGACUCCACGUCUGCGUGCCCCUCUCGUGGGACAACCUGACGGUGGCUUUCGCCAUGCUGGCCACGCUCAUGUACGUCACCGCCUCGGUGGUGUACCCCGUCUACUUCCUGGAAGCCGACUGCCCCGACGGGGGCUGCGAGGAGCGGGCCUACCGCAUGGCCGUGACCGUGGUCUCCUGCGCCUCGGUCUUCCCUUACGCCGCCGAAGUGUUGAUAACUCGCGCCAAGCCGGGCGCGGUGGUGGGCUACAUGGCGACCGUCUCCGGUCUACUCAAGGUGGUCCAGGGAUUCGUGGCCUGCAUUAUUUUCGGAGCGCUGGACGAUUACGGCCAGUACGACAACUACGUGGCCACCGAGUACUGCGUGGCGGUGUACGCCCUGUGCUUCUCCAUCACCGCGCUGGUGGUCAUAGUGACCAUAUCGGGCAGGACGUCGUCCCUGCGCUUCCCCUUCGACCGCUUUGUUAUCAUCUACGCCUUUGCGGCCGUCAUCCUCUACCUCAGCGCCGCGCUGGUGUGGCCCAUCUUCAGCUUUGACAAGAAGUACGGCGUGACCCGUCGCCCGGAGCUCUGUCCGCGUGGAGAAUGCCCCUGGGACAGCAAGCUGGUGGUGGCCGUCUUCACCGUGGUCAACCUCGUCCUUUACUUUGUUGACCUGAUCUACUCGCAGAGGAUUCGCUUCGUCGCCAGUGCCGCUGUCUGAAUGUCCGUCCCUCCGUCCGUACUUUUUCUCAUCCGCGUCUCCUCACGAGGAAAAAAAGCCAUGUGGAAUGUGGAAAAAAAAAGCCACGGGGGCACGGAGAGAGCGUUCAAACAGACUCCACGCGGGGAGGCCGGGGCGCGGAAUCCAACGCCACGCGGGGUGUGUCGAGAGAGCUUUUUCCUGCGCUAGCUGAUGCUCCGGUUGUGCCGAGUGCUUGUGUCGUGUGUUUAAUAAAGCGCAGAUAGCCAAGCUUCCGCUCUCGCUUCUUUGACUAAUCCUCCGUCGUUGGGUUUUCCGGCGGUCGGGAUGCUGCCUCUCACAGAUCAGCCUGGGUAUUACAAAAGACUUAUCCCAGUCCUGCGUGUUUUCCAUCUCUCUCUGUUGCAACGUACCUGUUUCAAGUGACCAAGUUGAAUAUCGGGCUUUCGCGGAUGAUCUGCUCACAACUCCUAUUUUGGAAUCAAAUUUCCUGUUGAAAUGUAAAUUGUGGCC